AAAAGUCAAAGACCGACGACACGCGUUGCACUUGUCUGAUUUUGUACUUCCCCUAGCCGGAAUCCCAAAGUUUGCGGCACGUGCUGGUCACGCGUCGCCAAUUAGGAAAUCGGAAGUGUUAGCUUUACCGUUAUGCACUUAGCUGGCAAUUAGCAACAGAUUUACAAGUCGCGAAAAUCGGAACUGUGUGAUAAUGUUUUCAAUGGAUAACUUUGACUUGGAGGCCACUAUGGCGCGCCACUUUUUCGAGGGCUCCCAGGCCACCAAUGCCUCCACCUCCAGUUCCGAGUACUUCUUUGGGGAUGAACACAGCUCGGAAAGCGAUGACGAGGACGAUGCCUAUAGCAGUGGCUUCAAUAGCGAUCAGGAGAACAAUGAAAAGACCCGGCGUAGUCACAAGCCGAGGCGCUUGAAGUGCGCCUCCCAAAUGGCCCAGCAACGGCAGGCGGCCAAUCUCCGAGAGCGUCGGCGGAUGCAGAGCAUCAAUGAGGCCUUUGAGGGCCUACGAACCCAUAUUCCCACACUACCCUAUGAAAAGCGACUCAGCAAGGUCGACACACUCAAGCUGGCCAUUAGCUAUAUAACCUUCCUGAGCGAAAUGGUUAAGAAGGACAAAAACGGCAACGAACCUGGACUGAGCUUGCAGCGAAAUUACCAGAAGGAACCGCCCAAGAAAAUCAUCCUCAAGGAUCGCACUGGCGGAGUGUCGCACUCAUUGUCCUGGUACCGCAAGGGAGAUCGUUAUCCUGGCAGCAAGCUCUACGCCCGCACUUGGACCCCCGAGGACCCCCGGGGUCCCUUGUCGCAGCCCCAACCCCAACACUACAACAACAGCAACUCCAACCAGAAUCAAAAUAGCAACCAAAGCAGCGAGGACUUCAGCGGUAGUGCCGAUAUGUCAGAUCCUGGAGCUGCGGCCAGCAUCUUUGGCAGUGGCAAUGGAAUGUGAGGAUCCCGUAGGGAUAAGAAAAAAGCAAAGGAUUCAUUGGAAACCAAACUAGUCAAGCUUUGCUAGUCACGACAUCUAACAUAUAUUAAUCAAUUUAAUAAUUAUACGAAGAAAACAUGUUCUGUGGUAUUUAAUUGCUCUAAGUUUGCUAAUAUCUAAAUGUUAUACUUAGUGGUUUAGUUUAAAUCGAAUAAACAUCUCAAGCAAAUCAA